GCUUCACGACCAGACAUUCAUAUCUAACCUCCACCUCCUCCUCCGCCAGCACCAGCACUCCGGGGCCCCGCAUGUCGACAAGUAAUGCUCCCCAACCAGUGAAGCUUUCACUGCCGCUCGAGUAUCAGCAGGCCCUGUUCCAAGAGCUCCGUGCCGAAGAUGAAGUCGUCGUGCUCGCCCGCGGCCUCGGGCUGAUGCGUCUCGUUACCAACCUCCUCCACUCCUACGAUGCGGCGGGUAACAACCUCAUUGUCAUAGUCGGGGCCGACGACCGAGAGAAUGGCUGGAUUGGCGAGGCACUGGCUGAGCAUGCCGCCAUCAGCAUGUCGCCCAAGGCGCGUGGGCUAACGGUCGUCAACACUGACUUCCAGAGUGUCGGUGCCAGGGAGAAGAUGUACAAAGGAGGUGGUAUUUUCAGUAUCACCUCGCGUAUCCUAGUUGUUGACCUCUUGACCGGGUUGUUGGAUCCCGACACCAUCACUGGCUUGGUACUGCUCCACGCCGAUCGCACCAUCGCUACCUCCCUCGAGGCCUUCAUUUUACGAGUCUACCGACAAAAGAACAAGGUCGGUUUUCUCAAGGCCUUCUCGGACAACCCCGACCCGUUUACUACGGGUUUCUCGCCUCUAGCGACCAUGAUGAGAAACCUUUUUCUACGCAAAGCGUCGCUCUGGCCCAGGUUUCACGUCACGGUCGCACAAUCUCUCGAGGGGAAGAAGAAGGCCGAGGUCAUUGAACUCGAGGUCCCGAUGACGGACUCCAUGAAGGAAAUCCAGAACGCCAUUAUGGAGUGUGUUGAAGUCAGUAUUCACGAACUGAAGAAGGGUAACAGUGGCCUGGAAAUGGACGACUGGAACCUCGAUAGCGCCCUGCUCAAGAACUUCGACGUCAUGGUUCGACGGCAGUUGGAUCCGAACUGGCAUCGCGUCAGUUGGAAGACGAAGCAGAUCGUCAACGACCUAACAGUUUUGAGGACUCUACUAAACUCAAUUUUAACCUACGAUGCGGUUUCAUUCCUUCAGCAUCUGGAUACCAUCCAUGCGGCGCACUCUCCUCCUCCAGGGUCAACCCGCCAGACCCAAUCCCCAUGGCUGUUCCUAGAUGCGACACAAGUCAUCUUUGACACUGCUCGAAGAAGAGUAUAUUCGGCAAACACCAAGGCAGCAGCGACGCAUGAGGGAAACAUCGAUUCUCUUCGACCGGUCCUCGAAGAACUCCCCAAGUGGGCUCUGAUGGCGGAGGUCCUCGAAGAGAUCGACCGAGACCUUUAUUUUGAACCUCCCACGAAAGACGACUCCAAUGGCACUAUUCUUAUCAUGUGCUCCAGCACUGAUACAUGCAGGCAGCUUCGGGAUUAUUUGCAGUUGAUGCAUAUCAAGCCCAAAACGGACAAGAAGGAUGAUGAAGACGAAGAAGACGCCCAUAAGCCAUCCGCGGCGUUCAUGAUGCGGCGGAGACUGCGAAAUUAUCUUAGGUGGAAGAAGCAGUUCGCCCAAGUCAGUUCUACCCUCUUUGCCGAGAAUCAAAAGGCCAUCAACGGUGCGACAGACACACGACCCGGCCAAGGGGGUCACAGAGGCGGCAGGGCACCAGCAAACAAGAGAAGACGAGUCCGAGGCGGGGGCAACAUGGGCCCAGCUGUAGGCCGUGCAGAAAACGGCAGCAUUAUGCAGUACAUUGAGAAGCCUGGUGAGGUUGCCGAUCUCAUGGCUGAGGUUCAAAUCACUGAAGAGGAGGCUCAACAGAAGGAAGACGUCAUCGCGGAUCCUCUAGACAACAUGGAAGAUUACUUCAAGAUGUAUGAGAUGCAAGACCUCGUUGUCAUCCACGCCUAUGACGGCGACCAGGAUGAGCAUGUUUUGGAGGAGGUUAAGCCGCGAUACAUUAUCAUGUAUGAACCAGACGCGGCUUUCAUCCGCCGUGUCGAGGUGUACCGGUCGUCACACAACGACAGAAACGUCAGGGUCUAUUUCAUGUACUACGGCGGGUCGGUUGAGGAACAAAAGUACUUGUCGACAGUCAGACGAGAGAAGGAUGCCUUUACGAAGCUCAUCAAAGAGAGGGCUAGUAUGUCGCUGGUGAUGACGACUGAUUCUCACGGCACCGAAGAUCCUGAGGAGGCAUUCCUCCGGACCGUCAACACUCGCAUCGCUGGCGGCGGCAGGUUGGCCGCAACAGCACAACCACCGCGCGUCGUGGUCGAUGUACGAGAGUUUCGAUCAUCGUUACCGUCACUCCUACACGGACGGUCUAUGGUCAUCGUGCCGUGCAUGCUCACGGUGGGCGAUUACAUUCUAUCUCCCAACAUCUGCGUGGAGCGAAAAUCCAUCAGUGAUUUGAUCUCGUCUUUCAAGGAUGGGCGCCUCUACAAUCAAGCGGAGACUAUGUUUCUGCACUACAAGAACCCGAUGCUUCUUAUUGAGUUCGACCAGAACAAGUCGUUUACACUUGAGCCGUUCGCCGAUCUGUCGGGCAGCUUUAACAGCGUAGCGCCGACUAAUGUCUCCUCGGAUCUGCAGUCUAAAAUCGUCCUGCUGACGCUAGCCUUUCCAAAACUGCGCAUUAUCUGGUCGUCGUCCCCGUACCAGACCGCCGAGAUUUUUGAGUCGCUCAAGACGCAAGAGGAGGAACCAGACCCGAUCGCGGCGGUAAAGGCAGGCCUCGACAAGGACACCAAGGCAGGAGAACAGACGUUCAACCAAGAGCCCCAGGACAUGUUAGCAAUCGUACCAGGUGUGACGCCACAGAAUAUCAAGACCCUAGCGUUUGAGACAGAGAACCUCCGAGAGGUGGCCAACAUGGAGGAGAAGGAGUUGGAGCCGCUGGUGGGCAAGACAGCAGGACGGACAAUUUACGGUUUCUUUAACCGGAAUAUCAUGGAAGAAGAAGACUAGGGUUACGGACACGGCAGAUAGGAAAUGACAAUGAUACCCAGACGUGAACAAUGAAG